CUGUCUCUGAACCGGCAAAGCUGAAAACUGCCUGAAAAGCUCUCUGCCUUUGAAUCCAGCUCUGGAACCAAAUGCAUCAUUUUACUGCUCUUAAAAACUGAAUAGAGUUUGAUUACCUCAAGCCAAAGCUGCUUUGCUCCAUAAGAAGGACCCGAAAGGACCCACACAUCAUUGUUUUUCAAUCUACUUGAGGAGGUUUUGCUUUCAUGCCUGAAACGUGCUGGUUUCAGGAGGGAGUUUUUGGUUUGUCUGUUUUUAAUUGAAAUGUUGAAAAGUUUCUUAUUGCUGCUUUAAGUGGAACCCAAUUUUAAAAUAUGGGUUGAAUCAGAUCUAAAGGAGAGUUGUCCAUUUUCUGCCGGGACUGACUGGUGAACAUCUUGAGGGAAACUUGGUAGGAGAUAAUGAGAUCUGAUUUGCAACUAACAGCCAUGCUUAAUUUUGAGAAUAUUUAUAGACUCAUUGAAAAAGAAAUUAAAUAUUGACCAAGGAUAAUGUCUGUAUUUCUCAGUAACUUAUCAACAAAUGACUCUAGCCUGUGGAAAGAAAAUCAUAAUUCGACAGAUCUUUUAAAUACGCCAGGAACCGUGAAUAUAUAUCUUUUUUGCCUGACAUGCUUAAUGACUCUCGCAGCCCUGGCAGGCAGCAUUUAUUCACUAGUUUCCCUAAUGAAAACGCGGAACAGAACUGUUGUGUCCAUGCUUGUGGCUUCCUGGUCUGGGGAUGAUCUCAUGAGCGUCUUGUCGGUGACCAUCUUCAUGUUUUUGCAGUGGCCAAAUGAGGUCUCUGACUACUUCCAGUCUCUGUGCACCACCUCUGCCUUACUAUAUUUAUGCCAGGGCCUCUCGAGCAACUUGAAGGCGACUCUCUUAGUCUCCUACAACUUUUACACGAUGCACAGGGCUGUGGGGAGCCAGGCAGCCUCCAGAAGAUCCGGCCAGGUGCUCGGCGUGGCGCUGACGGUGUGGGCAGCCAGUCUGCUGCUCUCCGCGCUUCCUCUGUGCGGCUGGGGCGCCUUUGUACGCACGCCUUGGGGCUGCCUGGCCGACUGCUCCAGCUCCUACGUGCUGCUACUUUUCGCUGUGUACACUUCGGCCUUUGGACUCCUCGCCGGCCUCUCGGUCCCCCUCACUCACCAGUUGCUGUGUUCGGAGGAGCCACCAAGACUCCACGCCAACUACCAGGAAAUUUCCCGCGGAGCUUCCACUCCAGGGACCCCUUCAACGCGGGGGAGAGUGCUUUCCCCGUCCCCAGAUGAUGCUCCGGGCCCGGCCCUGCGGUGCUCGGGAGGAUGCUCCCCGAGCUCGGAUACCGUGUUUGGACCGGGUCUGCCCGCGAGGGCAGGGCUGGGGCAGGGGCCCGGGCGCGGUGCUACCGCUGUGGCUGGAGCCUGCAGGCGUGAGGACCGGGGGACUCUCUAUGGCACCAGGAGCUUCACCGUGAGCGUAGCGCAGAAGCGCUUUUCUUUGAUCUUAGCGAUGACAAAAGUCACCCUUUGGCUGCCCAUGAUGAUCCACAUGGUGGUCCAGCACGUCGUGGGGUUUCAGAGCCUUCCCUUUGAGACGCUCAGCUUUCUGCUAACCCUCCUGGCCACCACUGUAACUCCAGUGUUUGUCUUGUCCAAACACUGGACACACUUGCCCUGUGGCUGCAUCAUCAACUGCAAGCAGAACACACAUGCAGUGACGUCUGAUGGGAAAAAACCCAAGAGGAGAUGCUUUGAAUUCAAUCUAUCAUUUCAACGAAGUUAUGGAAUUUAUAAAAUAGCACAUGAAGAUUACUAUGAUGAUGAUGAAAAUUCAAUAUCCUAUCACAAUCCCAUGAACUAUGAGUGCAAAACUACAAAAGACUCUCAGAGAGACUCUCAUAAUGUAUUCAAUGCCAUAAAGGUGGAAAUCAGCACCACGCCCUCUCUGGACAGCUCCACACUAAAAGGCAUCAACAAAUGCACAAACACUGAUAUUAUAGAUACUAAACAGGAUUCCCACAAUGAAAAGGGUGUUGAUCCACUGCUCUCUGAAAAAACAGAAGGUGAUAUUAAAUAUGAUGAAACCACCCUUUUGGAAGGGCCAGAAAGAAGACUUUCUCAUGAGGAGAGUCGGAAACCAGACCUUUCAGACUGGGAAUGGUGUAGGAGUAAAUCAGAAAGAACCCCUCGUCAGCGUUCCGGUGGUGCCCUGGCCAUUCCCCUAUGUGCAUUCCAGGGGACCGUGUCUCUCCAAGCCCCAACCGGGAAAACCCUAUCUCUUUCUACCUAUGAGGUGAGCACAGAAGGACAAAAAAUUACCCCAGCCUCUAAGAAAAUAGAAGUCUAUCGAUCCAAAAGUGUUGGCCAUGAACCAAACUCAGAAGAUUCUCCCUCCACAUUUGCGGACACCAGCGUGAAAAUACACUUGGAGGUUCUUGAAAUUUGUGAUAAUGAAGAGGCCUUGGACACGGUGUCAAUUAUUAGCAACAUCAGCCAGUCCUCCACACAGAUCAGAUCUCCUUCCCUACGCUACUCACGGAAAGAAAACAGAUUUGUUUCAUGUGAUUUAGGGGAAACAGCCUCAUAUUCUCUCUUUUUACCCACAAGUAAUCCUGAUGGUGAUAUCAACAUCUCCAUUCCAGACACUGUUGAAGCACACAGGCAGAACAGUAAAAGGCAGAGCCAAGAGAGGGACGGCUACCAGGAGGAAAUCCAGUUGUUAAAUAAAGCUUAUAGGAGAAGAGAAGAAGAAAGCAAGGAUAACUAGUGAUCAUUUGGCCUAAUAAAGGCAAGAAUGGCUCUGCAACUUCAAACUACUAAACUAACACCUUUGUUCUGAGGCUAUUUGAU